AUGCCCUCUUCAAGCAGCACCUCCACUCAUUCAAGCGACAUGGCCGACGACAAGAAGGCCGCCGCCGCCGUUGCUACUGACGCCACAGUCAGCAAGCGCCCUAACAGAUCAUUCUCCCGGCGUGCAACCUCAAAACUGAAGUCCAUCUUCUGCCUUCCCAAUGAGUCCAAGGCCAGCCUGCCUUCUAGUGAUGAGGCCGAGCAAGACCAAAAGAACAAGGAUGAGAAGCCAGAAGACCAGACCAUGAAAACAGAGUUCAAACACCUCGAUCGAAAGUUCGAUGAUGAGGAUCAGCCCUAUUUCGUCGAGAGAAAAAAGGAGGAUAUCGAAAAAGCUGAGAAGAAGGAUUGGUGGCAAUUGUUUGCCUUCUGCAUAGUUCGCCGCUACGACUCGGACGGCGACCUUGACGAGACCUAUUUAUACGUGAAUCCCCAGCCCCUGCGCCAACUGUUGAAAGACGUGAUUGGAAAUUAUCCCGCCGACCCAAUAGAUGUCGACGAUGUACAGAUUCAAGCUCCUUACCACUCCCUAUUUCACUACAGGAAAGAGCUCGAGGAGGUCGGUAUCGCACGCUUCACAGAGAAUGGAGACACUCAUUCCCUCGAGCAACUCAAGCUCCUCCUAGGAUGGAUCAAGACAACCUUUGAGUUGGAGAUCUCAGCCUAUGAGAGGUGCAUGUCCAGCGAUCUCAAGGCCAUCGCCUACGACAAGCUAUGGACAAUGUUUAUGCCCGGUACAAUCGUCUAUGCGCAAGUCCAGAAGCAGCACCGUGCCUUCCGCGUUGUGGAUUACUGGUACGAUGACGACGACGAGGAAAAUCCCGGCCUGAACCUGAAAAGCAACUUCGUCGACUACGACGGAGAGAAAUUAGGCGUCAGGAGACUGGAUUUGUUCAUUCCCAAGUAUGGCGGCACCAGAGAAAUCAGAGACCAAGAGGUGAAGCCUCUAGGCCUGAUGGAGGAUACAGACGAGAUCAAGGAUAAGAUGAUUGCACGCGGCAGAAAGUUUGAGAAAUACGCCGUCGGCCAGAACUUCCUCCAAUACACCGGAUUAGGGCUUAAGAGGGACCCACAAUGCCCACGCAAUUACAUAAAAUUCGACGCUACAGGUCGGGUCAUGAUUGACGUCAAGACGUACCACAGGCUGGAUGCGAACGAUUCAAUCUGGGUCGUUGGCUUCGGGAAAGAUCAUGAGGAGGGCAAGUUGACCGAAGAGGACUGUCUACUUGCAAACCCUAUGUGCAGGGGCUAUUCCAUGAACGCCAAGAAGUUCCUCGAGCUGUCUGUCGAUAAUUUGACGGAGAUUGAAUGGAACACCAGCUGCUUUGAGGAUCUGGUCCUCGACGCUUCCACGAAGAAGACAGUCCAGGCUUUGGUAUCAACACAUUCCAAAAAGCCCGAGUCCUCUGACGGGAAGAAUCAGGACGGCUUUGACGACAUUGUCAAGGGCAAGGGCAAAGGUCUUGUUUGCGUUCUCCACGGUCCUCCUGGUGUUGGCAAAACGUUGACGGCAGAAUGUGUUGCCGAGUACGUACAGCGCCCUCUGUUCAUGGUGUCCUCCGGAGACCUGGGGGUCACAAGCGAGCAGCUGGACGUGCAACUCACUGAGAUCAUGGACAUGACUUCUACGUGGAGAGCAGUCUUGUUGAUCGAUGAAGCCGACGUGUUUCUUGAGCAGCGGGCGUUGCAUGAUCUUCACAGAAACGCAAUGGUGAGUGUAUUUUUGCGAGUGCUGGAAUACUAUGCUGGUAUUCUUUUCCUCACAACAAACCGUGUCUCAACAUUCGACGACGCCUUCAAGAGCCGUAUCCACAUUCCGAUCAGAUACACAGAUCUGGACCUCACAUCACGCCUCAAGAUCUGGCAGAACUUCUGCAAAAAGGUUCCUGGUGGAGUGGAGAUCUCGCAGAAAGAAUACGAGACACUGGCGGAGCACGAGUUGAACGGUCGGCAAAUCAAGAACGUUAUCAAGGCAGCGGAGAGCCUGGCGGCGUUCGACAAGGUCAAGCUUGACUUCAAGCAGCUACAACAAGUGACCAAGAUCCAAGCUAGGUUUGAAAAGGACUUGGAGAGCUUUGGGGACAUAGAUUACACUGCCCCUGGUUCGGCCAAGAAGCAUGCGCAGAGUAGACAUUUCUACAUGUAG